UCCGACUCGAAAUGUCAAUGUCAUCUUGCCCCCAUUGACAGACUGAACAACCGACUAUUCAUUCUAUUGGCCGUUCCUCCAGUUACUGCACACGGGACUAUUUCAUUUCCUUUCACAAAUUGAUAUUGGAGGACAUUCAGCCAUGUUGCCUGUCACCGCUCGCGCCAUUCCAGGCGCCAUCCCAAGCGCUUUCCAUGUGCGACCGCAUCUCACCCCAUUUCGUUUCCGAAGCCAGCCAGCAUUGUUCCUCUCAACCUCUUCAGUCAAGUCGGCAACAGCUAUUGAACAGCGGGGACAGUCUGGUCAAGCGCUCACUGCUUCUGGCAAGGUGCGGAAAGAGGUGCCUCUACCGAGCCAAGAGAAAAAGGAGGGUGCAAUGCAAUAUGUGCUUACCACCCUUGACCAAGUUGCCAAUUGGGCACGUCAAAGCUCAUUGUGGCCCAUGACUUUCGGCCUCGCUUGUUGUGCAGUUGAGAUGAUGCAUCUGUCGACCCCAAGAUAUGAUCAGGAUCGCUUAGGAAUUAUCUUCCGAGCUUCUCCGCGGCAGUCAGACGUUAUGAUUGUUGCUGGCACACUGACAAAUAAAAUGGCUCCUGCUCUUAGACAGGUCUAUGACCAGAUGCCUGAUCCCCGUUGGGUCGUCAGCAUGGGAAGUUGUGCAAACGGUGGUGGUUAUUAUCAUUACAGUUAUUCCGUUGUUCGCGGGUGCGAUAGGAUAGUACCUGUGGAUGUUUAUGUCCCUGGGUGUCCGCCUACCUCCGAAGCAUUGAUGUACGGGAUCUUCCAGCUUCAAAAGAAAAUGAGACACACAAGAAUCACUCGUAUGUGGUAUCGCCGUUAAUCUCAAUCGGUGACCGACGCCCUUUUGUUCCAUUAGCAAAGAGUGGGAGGGAUGGCUUUGGGCAUUGAUCUUGUAGCGGAAGUCUUCUAAAAGGGCUACAUGUGACUACUGGACUCUCCCUAGGUAUAAAUAUAGGGGUGGAAGAGCGGUAGGGUUUAAUCCUCCAACAAGCUUAUCAGAUGUGUUGUGUUUGGGGCUGAUAAGGUAACUCUUGGAUGAGUUAUAUUCUAUGCGACCUUGGGGACAUUGCCCGGGAACUCGCUGCUAUUGCUCUGCUCUGUUAUAUGGGUUCUCAUUGAGUUAUCUUACAAUAUUAUCAUGCUGCCGUGUUGCUAUAUCUUGAUCUGCAGGGUAAUAUACAAUUCCUGUUCAUAGAAAGAUAGACAGCUUCAGAUACAUAUAUAGUGGUUUAUAUCGUCUUU